AUGAGCAUGAAAAACUAUACCUCUCUGCAUGAGUUCAUCUUGUUGGGAUUAGCAGACACAGUGGAGCUACAGAUCAUCCUCUUUUUCCUAUUUUUUGCAAUUUACACCUUUACAGUUUUGGGGAAUGUUGGGAUGAUCUUCUUAAUCAGGAUUGAUUCCAGACUUCACACACCCAUGUAUUUCUUCCUGGCUAAUCUGUCCUUUGUGGACAUUUGUUAUUCAUCCACCGUCACCCCAAGGAUGCUAAUAGAUCUAUUAUCAGAGAAGAAAACCAUCUCCUUUGCUGGCUGCUUCCUGCAGAUGUACUUCUUCAUUGCCCUGGCAACAACAGAAUGCAUCCUCUUUGGGUUAAUGGCCUAUGACCGUUACGUGGCCAUAUGCAACCCACUGCUCUACACCAUGAUCAUGUCCAGAACGGUCUGCCUGAAAAUGGCAGCUGGGGCUUUCACUGCAGGAUUGUUGAACUCCAUGGUCAACACAAGUUAUGUGAGCAGCUUGCCCUUCUGUGGCUCCAAUAUCAUCCAUCACUUCUUCUGUGACAGCCCCCCACUAUUUAAGCUCUCAUGUUCUGACACACGCCUGAAAGAAACCAUCUUUUCCACUUUUGCUGGAGUGAAUAUGGUUGGAGUUCUGCUAGUCAUCCUGACUUCCUACUCCUACAUUCUCUUCUCCAUCUUCCGUAUGCAUUCAGGGGAGGGGAGGCACAAAGCUUUGUCAACCUGUGCCUCUCACCUGACAGCCAUAAUUCUGUUCUAUGCCACUGCCAUCUAUACUUAUCUGAGACCGAGUUCCAGCUAUUCUCUAAAUCAGGACAAAGUGGCUUCUGUGUUCUACACAGUAGUGAUCCCCAUGCUGAAUCCUCUGAUCUAUAGCCUCCGGAAUAAGGAUGUGAAGAAGGCUUUAUGGGAUUUAAUUACAAGGAAAAGAACUCCUUCAUUUCUGUAA